AUGGGUAUCUCCCGUAGUUCUCGGCACAAACGCUCCGCCACGGGGGCCCAGCGCCCCCACUACCGCAAGAAGAGAAAAUUCGAGCUCGGCCGUCAGCCCGCAAGCACGAAGCUGGGCCCGAAGCGCAUCCACACCGUGCGCGUGCGUGGAGGCAACCUCAAGUACCGUGCACUCCGUCUCGACUCCGGCAACUUCGCAUGGGGCAGCGAGCAUGUGACACGGAAGACGAGGAUCAUCGGUGUCGUGUACAAUGCGUCGAACAACGAGCUUGUACGAACGAACACCCUCGUGAAGAGCGCCAUCAUCCAGAUUGAUGCGACGCCCUUCCGCCAGUGGUAUGAGUCUCACUACGCGCAGCCUGUGACGAAGCGCGGAGCGAAGAAGGAUGUUGCCCCUGAGACGGCAGAGGAGAAAAAGCUCUCGAACCAUGUCCAGCGCAAGCUCGAGGAGCGUAAGAAGGAUGCGAAGGUCGACACGCUGCUGGAUACGCAGUUCGCGGCCGGGCGAUUGUACGCCGUCAUCAGCAGCCGGCCGGGACAGUCGGGGCGCGCAGACGGAUACGUGCUGGAGGGCAAGGAGUUGGAGUUUUACUUGAGGAAGCUCAGGAGCGGCAAGCAGAAGCACGCACAUGGAGCGUAGAGAGAGGCGCUUUGGUAUGCUGUAUCUGCAGCGAGCGGUGGCGGGUGGGAGCGCACGCAUGGGAGACACGAAAACUACUGCACUAUGCCCGUCUCGAUUCCGAUGCUUUUUGUGUUGUGUAUGACCAAGUAUGAGCUUGCCCAUGUGAA